AUGUCAAUCUCUGAAACUGUGAUUCCUUAUGUUGUUGGAGCGGAUUCUUCAAAAGAUUUAUGGGAGAAUACUGAAUCCAGGUAUGCACGAAGUUCAUCUACACAUUCAAUUCAACUUCGUCUCAAACUUCAAUCUACAAAACUUGGAUCAGGUACUGUCUCUACUUUUCUGAGUGAAAUCAAGAAGAUAACUGAUGAACUAUUUGCUGCUGGUUCAAGAAUUGAUGAUGAUGAAUUAGUUGUCACUAUACUCAAUGGUUUCAGACCAGAUUAUAGUUCUUUAUGUACCUCUAUUUCCAUUCGUAAUCCACCAAUUUCAUCCAAGGAACUUCAUAAUCUACUUCUCAGUGAAGAAAUAGUGGUUACUAAUAAGCAAAAGAACUUGAUUACUGAGGCUAAUUCCAAGGCGUUUGCUGCUACAAGACCUUAUGCUCCAAUGUUUAGAGGUAGUGGUAGAGGAGGAAAUAGUCAUAUAACUAAUGAUGAAACUGAAUUUCUAGAAGCAACAUCUUUUGAAGGAGCAGAUGAGAUUCAAGAAUCAAAUGGGGAAGGUAUGGCAAUUCCUCAUAUUGGUAAUGUGUCUAAAACUACUUAUUCUUACUCUUUUAACCUAAACAAUGUGCUUCUUGUUCCAAAAUCAUCACAGAAUCUAUUGUCAGCACAUAAAUUCCCUAGUGAUAACAACUGCUCUAUCACUUUUGAUUCUGUUGGUUUUGCUGUUAAGGAUCACUCAACUGGGAGGAUCAUUUUACAAGGGCCACAUAAAGGAGGACUAUAUCCAAUCAAAUUUAUAAAGUCUACUCAGAAUAUAGCUUUCUUUAGCAACAAUGCUUCAGCAUCAAUUUGGCAUCAAAGGUUGGCUCAUCCAUCUUUUCAGGUGCUUCAAAAAGUUUGCAGGGAUAUGAACUUAUCAAGUUUAGUCAAAACACCACUCUUUUGUAAUGACUGUCAUCAUGGGAAAAGUCACAAAUUGCCUUUUACUUUGUCAUCACAUGGAGCUCAGUCUCCACUAGAACUACUACAUAUGGACUUGUGGGGUCCCAGUCCUCCAACAUCAGUAGCUCAGUCAGAUAUUUUUCAGUCAUCUGAUACUUCCUCUGCAUUACUACCUACAAGCCAUUCUACUUCUACAACAUUAAUGCCAUCCACUGCAUCUACUUAUACUUCAGCUCACACAGAUAUCUCAGUUCAGCCAACAUCCACAGCUUAG